AUGAACGAUCCUCCGAAUCUCUAUCGGGAUCCUGAUUAUCAAAUCGCACAGGGGUGGCCGUUCGAGGCUGCCCAGCAAGCGGCUGAUGGCAAUAUACAGGCCCUCCUGUAUUUGGCCUUUACAGCGUUCAACGAUGGGAAUGGUUCGGUGGCCUUGAAGCAUUAUAGAAAGGCUGCCAGGGACUUUAAUAAUUUGGAAGCAACUUUGAAUGUUAUCAAAAUUUACGAGUUUGGUCAGGGAGUGGGUGCAGAUCUGGAUAUCAUUGUCAAUUAUGGCUAUUACAUGCUUGGUGCCAGGACAUCAGCACGGGACGGACGAACACAAAUCGAGCUUCCGGAAAACAAGAGAAACGUCAAUGAUGGUUUGAAGUGGCUCGAACGCGCGGCACAAAUAGGAAGAGGUGAUGUAGCUUCUAACUUGGGAAACAUGUACAUGACAGGAGGACAUCCCAAAGUUCCUAGAAAUUAUGAAAAAGGUAUGGAACUACUAGAGAAAGCUGCAGAGCUCGGCGAUGGGCAUUGUGCCUAUCAACUGUCGAUUUCAUACAAGAUUGGUAUCAUUCCAGUAGAUGAAGGCAAGCAUCGAUUUUGGUUAAAAAAGGCCGCCGACAUGGCGCACGAAGAAGCCGUGCAAGAGAUGGCAAGGGUUUGGACUCCAAAAGAAGAAAGCAAAGCAGAUCAAGAAAAUAGUAAGAGAAGAAGAUAUUGA